AUGCGACUGAUACCUAACUACUUCCUUCGUACAAGCGUAGGACUACUGCUCCUUCAAUCCUUUCUCGCCUGGUUAUGGCUACAGCUCGACAAACUCCCAUUAUCAUCUACUCUCAAUCUUGUCGUUGGAACUUCAAUCAGCAUGGUCGUCAACACUCUGAAGAACACGUUGGAUGACAAUCUCGGGUUUGUGUUGCCUUGGGACACACCAUACUUCUUGCCAAUGAUUCUGGACGAAUACAUUAUCAAAACCAUGCCCGAGCUAGCCGUUCUACUGGGCGAAUCACCAUGUUCGAAACGUGUAGUGAGGACACACUCCGAAACCGGUGUUUGUGAGCCUGCAUUGGCUUAUGCUUGCUCACAGCACGCUGUAGAGUUCGAGGCUGGUACAUUGGGACUGGAGUUCCUCCGUGCUUGUUACCAAGAUUACGGUAUCUCUGCCACCCUUGCCAGAAAGCAUCAUGAAAAAUGUCAUCCAACAGAGAAACAGACCAGUAUAAUGGGCAGACGUGCUUGCGCCAGAGCAAAGGAGCAGAUGGAGAGGGACAAGGAGAUUUGUUUCUAUAUACCACCAUUAAUCGACUGUACGAUGGAGUACGAGAGGUGGGAGGAUAUAGGCAGGGUGAUUAAACCCGAUGGGCUCAAUAGUAGCGAGCGUAUCGACCGAGGAGUUUGUGACAAGAGGAUGCCAGGGGACACUUACAUCAAUCAUAGGUUUAGAGGCUAUACGCUCGUCACGAAGCUUAGAGAACCAUAG